GCUGUGCUUGUGCAUGCGAACGCUGCAAGCUCGGCGGUAGCGGCAGCAUGAUAUUUGACUCGAUCGUCAGCCAUACUCGUGACUCGUGACUCCCUCUUUGGCCAAGAAGCAGCAGCUCGCGGUGGGCCGAUUCCCACUUGCCCGUGCACUCAUCACAAGCACUCUGACCUGUGACUCGAACAUCCAACGGAACAUCACUCGCUCCCACGGAAUCCGCCAGCUGGCUCAGGAGUACCUGCACGCGCUUGCUCUGUUCACGCUCAUCAAUAUCAUCCUCCAUCUGCACUCACGAUAUUGUUCGCGGUCGCUCCCCACCUCUCUCGCCUUGCGUGAUCCCGUCAGCAUGUCGGUCCCACCGCCCAGCGCAGCCGGACAAGAAGGCGGCAAACACGUGGUCAUCCUAGGCGCAGGAGUCAUAGGUCUGUCCAUUGGCAUCUCAUUGCUGGAUGCGCCCUCUCAAUCCUCUGUGCCUCUGGCAGUCACAAUCGUAGCCAGAGACGUGCCCAGCUCGGCAGAAACGAAGCAGCCGGCCAGCUAUGCGAGUGCUUGGGCUGGAGCACACCACGUAUCGGAUGCAAAGACUGCAAAGUCGAGAUGGCGCGAUCGAAAGACUUUCGAAGUGAUGCAGGCCCUCAUCAGCAAUACUUGCGGAGUCCGCAAGAGCAUUGAUGAUGUGGUCCACGAAGGAAGCGCUCCACCCCUCGGCUUGUUCUACACUGACCAGAUUGAGUACUGGGACGCGCAGCAGGAUGCCAGGGAGGAUGCAGAGGAGAGCAAAGUGCUCGAUUGGUACCCCGACUACGAGCCUUUGCCCAGGUCCGACUUGCCUGCAGGUGUCGUCUCGGGCUGCAGCAUGACAACGCUCAGCAUACACGUAGCGCACUAUCUUCCCUGGCUGUUCGAGCGCUUUCAAGCUCUUGGUGGUCGUAUCAUACAAUCUCAAGUCAAAUCUCUGCAAGAUGCUCUUUCAGCGGCUUCCUCAACCGCUGGCCCUCAAGCCAACGCGCUGGUCAUCUCUCCCGGACUGGGAGCUCGCAGCAUCGAAGGUCUCCAAGACCCCACAUAUGUACUUCGGGGCCAGACGCUGCUCGUCGAAGCUCCCUGGCUGGAGCACCGCAUCGGCGCUCCCGGUAGCAGGCGCCGGUGUAGAUGGCAAGGCACUUCGGUGGUCAGGUCUCAGGGAUUCAGAGAUACCUAUGUGAUUCCAAGAGGAGAAGGCAAGUUCAUAGUGGGCGGGACGAGGCUCAAAGAUGAUGAAGACUCUGAGGGGAGGUCAUCGACGACAACAGAAAUUCUCGAUAGGGUUCUGACCAUUUGUCCCCACUUGGUUAGCCCCGACGCCACUCUGGAAGAACGUAAAAGCGCCACCAGAGGCGUGCGAGUCGCGGCUGUCAAUGUGGGGUUUCGACCAGCAAGAGACGGUGGUCCAAGGGUCGAGCGGGGAGGAAGCGCCUCAUACCCCUCUAUAUCUGGUCGUGAAGGAGAGGUGCCUGUAGUGCACUGCUACGGAUUUGGAGGCAUUGGCUAUCAAGCAUCGUGGGGUGCGGCUUUCGAAGCGAGACAACUCGUGUAUGAAGCGCUCGGCCUGCCUGCUCUGAGACAAGAGUCCACAUUACGAUCGUUGUCGUUGGUAUAGGUACAUCACCCGCAACACAUCGCACGAUUGAACUCCAGCUUCGCGAGCUGAUGCAUGCAUUGCCCUAAAAGGCCAUGAUCACUCAGAGUCAA